AUGACGGUUAUCAGACCAUGGAUCGCACAAAAAAUUGUCGAUUUAUUAGGAGGUGAAGAUGAGGUUGUUGUUAAUUAUGUGUUUGGACUAUUAGAAGAAACGGAUCUUGAUCCUAGAAUGAUGCAAAUCAACCUCACAGGUUUCCUGGAAAGAAAUGCUCCUAUUUUUGUCACAGAAUUAUGGAAGUUGCUUUUAUCAGCUCAAGAUUGUGAGAGUGGAAUUCCGGCAAUAUUUCUUGAGCAGAAAAUGGAAGAAAUUCGCAAAAGAAAGGAUCGUGACCAGAAAUCGGUCCGACGACGUAGUAGAAGUAGAAAUUCUCACCGGAUUCGUAGUCGUAGUAGAAGUAGAAGCGCCGAAAAUAAACAUCAACGACGAUCCCAUAGGAGAAGCAGAAGUAGGAGCGCUGAGAGUAGACAUCAACGACGAUCGCAUAGAAGAAGUAGAAGUAAGAGCAGAGAUCGAAUUACCAGGGAACGUAGUGGAGAACGCCGAAGGCAUAAAAACCACCGACGCGGUAGCAGAAGUCGAAGUAAAGAGAAACGACGAUAUGAUGAAAGGAGACCACGUCGUAGCAGGAGUCGAGAGGAAGAGGAUACGAGUAAACGGCGUCGUCUUUCGAAGGAAGAAAUUGUUACAAAGGUAUCUUCUGAACAGUAUAGCUCUACUCCUUCUCCAGGAAGAAAUUAUCAUGAUCAACAUACAGACUAUGUUGCAACCGAAGAUGAAAAUAGGAAAAGGUUGGUUGAUUCAGUAGAAGAAAUUGAUUCAGUUCAAAAUUCACCUCCUAGAAAAAAGGUAGCAGAUGCACCUAUUUUCAAGUCAAAAUGGAACGAUGAUGAAGACGAGGAGGAAAAUAAAAAGGCGUCAAUGUCUGAACUAGAACAACUUGAAAAAUUGCGAGCAAAAGCUUUCGAAUCAAUGAAGGCCCGAAAAUAA